AGGACAAGUCGAACUGAGCUCCACUUCUGAACGAAGCCUGAAGUCACACCUAUUUAAAGCCUAACUUCGUUACGACACUUCUCGCGUUAUACGGCAAGACAGAGCAUGUCGGGAGUUGAAGUUUAGCAUCGGGAAUGUGAACCCUUGUCUGAAAAGGAACUAACUAAUCUCAAUAAAAAGCUUCAUUGGAUAUUAAUGAAAUUAUUGUCAUGUGUUAAUCUAUUUGAGUCACUACAUAAAUCCCGUGUACUGAGUCAAACAACUGCUAUUAUUUGAAUAAUAAAUGAAUUAGCUGGUUAGCCUCAUAAGAGUAGCUUGUGGUUGCUAAGCGACGUGUAGCGUUUGCAGCAGCUAGCUGGAAAACUUAGCCGCUUGACAGAAAGAUACACAGGAAAAACGACUCGGGGAGCUGCAAUAAGAACAACAUUGACUUAAAAAUACAUUACCCGCUUAAGAUAAAGCCGUUACAGCUCUAGCAUUAGCCGGCCGGCUGUAAAGUGAGAAUAAGUGUCGCUCAGAUCCUCAGCAAACUUGCAACCCGUGAAGAUGAGAAGUAUGUGCUAACUAAAGAAUACAAAGGAUAUAGCAAAGUCCCCCGCUGCAGACUCGGGUUACACUCCUCCUUCAGAUGGCGUUCUGCCUGGCUGAGCUGCACUUGUGGUCCAUGAAGAACUCGCUCCAAGUUAAAGAUACAGAUAUUGGCACCUAUCAGUACUACGAUAAAGGAGAGCCAGCCAAUCCCCUGGAGCAUCACUACUACAAUGAGAAACUCCACUUCUGUGAGGCUCGAGGCUAUCCGUGGACCCCCAGGAACCGCCGACCAGAAAAGCUGCGCGACUCGCUGAAGGAGUUGGAGGAGCUGUUGCAGAGCAACACCUGCGUUCACACCAGAUGGAGAAACAAGUACUGCUGCCAGAUGAUGCUGAGCAAUGCGGUGCUGGUGACGGUCACCCUAAAAGGACCUCAGCUCGAUCAGGUGUGCAUAGACCGAACCUUAGUGGGUCGACUUCCUGCCAACACUGUGACUGAUGCGGUGCUGAACGACGGGCUGAUUCUGCUGUCCUUCCUGGAGGAGAGCCAGGUCGCUGCAGUGUUCCUGAACAGGAAGAGCCAGGAUUCCCUGGAGACUGGCAGGCGAACAGACAAACUCUCACCUUCUGAGAUUAAGGUGAUGUGUGCAGAGGUGGGCGGGCCAAGUCGAAGGCUUCACAGACACGUCGCUCUCAGCCGUCUGCAGGACAUGGCACUCUGCUGGUGGAAACUGGACGAACUUAGUGAGGGGCUAUGGCCCUGGAGCCCCACAGACACACACAGAAACAACCUCUUCUUGAUAAGCUGCUCGCCUACUGAAGGACUCAAGGUCCUUUGCUCUGUCCGGACCCCAGGAAACCCACUGGACUGCAGCUUCAGUCAGCUUCAACACUACCAGCUGCUGACAGUAGAGUUACCUGCAGGACCUCAGGGAUCCAGAGAGGGCUUCUCCGCUGAUAGCUGCGUUUAUGAAUGUGCACGAGGUCGCCUACAGCGCAUAUCCCUCACCACCAUCCCACUGCCAUCACCUCCCAUCUCCUGCUCUCGGCACCCAUCAGAGACCGCUCUCCUUCUAGGCUUGAGUGACUCCUCUUUAGUCCUCUACGACCAGAGACGGGCGGUCUCGGUCUUGGCCUCCUGCCCUGUACCGCCCUCCUACAUGGCCUGGCACCCUACGGGGGCUGUCGCCGUUAUGGUGGGGGGACAAGAGGAAGUGAUGUGCUUUGAUGUGGGCUUGGCACCUUUAAACAUGGCACUGGUAGCAGAAGAAGCAUCUCCAGCCGCUACAUUGAGACUAACUCAGCACAUGAACUGCUCCGGAGGCCUGGUUGGGCUGCAGUGGGGGGCUGGUUUUGACGGUGGCCCGGAGGGGACAGAUACGCUAACAUUAGUCUUUAAUGGAGGACCACUAGUCGCCUUAAAAUUCAGACUAGGAGCUCUAACCGGAGGCCAGCUGGGUCAUGUGGAGCUGCUCCAGCAGAGGCUUCGUUGCGGUCAGGUCAGAGAGGCGCUGGGCGUCCUGGAGGCCAUGGACUGGAGCACCAUGGGGGACGAGAGCUACCAAGGCCUGAGCUCUGUCACCAACCACCUACUGAGGCUGCCGCUGAACGCAGACAGAGAGGCCCAGCUGGAAGCUGCUCUGCGGGUGUUUUACGCUCCGGCUGCCCCCCUUUCUAAUACAGUGAUACUGGAGUACAGGGAGCCAGUCAGCAAGUAUGCUCGCCGCCUUUUUCACCACCUCCUCAGGCAUCAGCGUUUUGAGAAAGCUUUCCUCCUCGCUGUAGACUUGGAGGACCGAGAUUUAUUCAUGGACCUCCAUUAUGUCGCCAGUGAUAAGGGCGAGGUGGUGCUCGCGGACGUGGCCAAGAGGAAGGCUAAUGAAAUCGAAGCCCGGGCCAUCGCAGGCAACGAUGAUCUUCAGAGAGACAGGAGCGGUCUAUGUGGAUCCAGCUUUAGUCGAGGAGGAGCAGAGGGUAGCAUCGCGGUUUCAGGCCCUUCUCCCUCAGAGACCCCCAAAACAGCUGAUGAGCGGCGCCCACAGAGAAGAGCACAGGCCGAGUCCUUCCAUGUGGUCGUCAGUCCAGAUCUGCUCCGGAUGCUGAGUCACACAGGUGGGUCCUCUAUGGAAGCAGUGGAGGCGACGCAGACGGAGGCAAUGUAA